AUGGCGCUCGAAGCCUGCAAUAGCGAAGUGGCCUGGAAGAUGCUUGGCCAUGCCUGCACGAUCGCCAAGGCCUUGGGGUAUUUCUCCGUGGACGGAAAUCCAGGAGAGGCAGACGGACAGCCGUCUCUCUCGCAAAGAUCGACAAACGGAGAAACCGAAACGGACAAAAAUCGGAAACGAUUCGAGUUCUGGCACUUACUGCGAACAGAUUGUCUAUUCCGGAUGUCGUUCGGCAAGCCGACUCUCAUGCCGGCGGGGUCCUGGAAGGUCAAUUUUCCAGACCCCACGAUCACUGGAGUCGAUGAUGAAUCUUCUCAUUUCAUUCAAAUUCAUUUUCUGGCUUCUAUGCGACUUGCCCUAGUCGAGAUGAAGUACCUAGACUGGACUGACGCGGGGCCAGAUCCUGAUCCGGUCUUGCAUGAUACAACAGUUGACAGCUUUCUUGAGGAGGUGCAGUUGAUAAUGUCUGAUUGGGAUACAGACGAGCUUCUUCGAAUGGCCAAGACCCAGAUCGACACAUGGUUCUGUGUGGACAUGGUUUAUAGCAGCUAUAAAUUCCUCAUCGUUCUUCACCAAUCGAAGAAGUCCGACCAAGACAGACACAAGCUACCACGUGAAGCUGUGGAUAUCUCUCGAAAAUCGAUACAAAUGUUCCAGUCCCUCCUAGGAUCUUCGUUACAGGCAUUUUGGGGAAUAAGUCUUAUUUUACUCCACCAGUUCAUUCCCUUUUUCAUCGUAUGCUUGGAUAUUAUCGGGAAUCCUGAGCGUGGUGACCUUGAGCCAGACCUCACUUCAGUGACCCGGAUCAGCGAUUAUGUCGAAAAGAUUGUCGAGGAGCGAUCCGAGCUAAGACCCGUGAUGAUUAUCAUGAAGGCUAUGAUGCUCGCUUGCCACCAAGUCAAAAGGAGCCAUCUUCCCUCUUCAACGACUGGGAACGCAUAG